GAAUCUCGUCUCCAAUAUUCCUCCAAGCAGUCAAAAACAUCAGCAAGUUGCAAAAUAAAUUAAUAAAUAAUUAUAGAAAAAGUUUUGUGCUCAAAAACUUUUGAGGUUUCAAAAACCAAAAAAAAACCAUUCCCCAUCUAAUUUAAAAAACAUAUUUUAGGUUUGCAGAGCAUAUUUCUCCAUCUUUAUCAGAAGGCUUUUCAACAUCAAAUGGCGACCGAUGAUGGUGGGCCCUGUUUCGUCUGCGGGUCAGGCGCGCUGGCCUCUAGGGCGCAGCCGCGUCGUCGCUACGCCGAGCUGACGACACUCUUCAAAACGCUCGUGAUGACGACGGAGUUGCGGAAAAAACUCGGCGGCACAUCUGUCUACGCCGACUUUGCGACGAAUGUCGAAUCCUGCGCCACAUGUUUAACCACGAUUAGGGACGUUUACGACCUACGACAGGAAAUUGUGACGCUGCAAACCUAACUGGACCAACUUCUGGACGGAGCGAGGACAAAAUUGGGGACAAAUCGGGACAAAAAAGGGUUGCGAAACCGAAACAACCAGAGGAUUUCUAAGCAGAAUUGUGUGAAUAAUGAUUCGACGAUAACUUCGAGCGACGACGUCGUAGAAAUUAAGGAAGAGGGUGACGACGAUUUAUUUUACAUGGAUGCCGAAAUAAUUCCAGAUUCGGUGGACUGCAUGGAAACGGAUCCAUUAGGCAGUGGAGCUAAUGAUGAUACUAGCAAUUCGCCAACUAAUGAGAUAGAAUCGGGAGAUGAUGACGACCGCGACCCCGACUAUAAUCCCACCCCGUCUGAAGAUAUUUCUUUUAAUGUUAGCGUCACCCAGAAGAACAAGCCGUGUCUGCAGUACGGGAAUUAUUCCUACAUCUCCUACAAGAAACGGGGCGUUCGGGAGUAUUGGAAAUGCAGGACGACAAAAUGCCCCGGCCGCAUGAUCAAAAGUAUUAACGACACGAUGAAUGACGCCAUCAUUUCACAGGAACAUACCUGCACCAGAUCCGCAGUCGCAGUCCAAGUGGAAAAUCUGAGGGAAGAAUUGAAAGUCGAAGCACUAAAAAUUCCGCUCCUCGGUCCGAGUAAAAUUAUUUCGGCCGUGAAAGCGAAAUAUUCCGCGGACGUGGUUCACGCAAUUCCACGCGACUCAACCCUGCUCAGACACAUUCGACGAGUCAGAACAUCUUUCGGUGUAGGAAACGAUCCUAAAAGUAGACAAGAAAUUGGCUAAAGAAAAGCCAGAAAACUUUAUGGAAUAUUAAAUAAUUUGAUUCGAAUUUGUUAAAAAAAAGCUUUAACUACAAUUAUAAAUCAUAAUUUAUGAUAAUAGCGCUAAUUAAUUGGAGUAAAUAUGAAAUUUUUACUGAAUAUUUUAUACAUUGAAUAAAUUAAUAUAAAAUGUA